AUGGUCAUCUUAUUCAAUCCCUGCCGAUCUGCACCUUUGUCGGUGAUAUACCGCCUACACUAUGGGGAACUUCUUCAGAGGUUCUGCAGGCCAAUUUUCAGCCCUUUAUGCAGGGCUCUCAAUCUACACUCUCCAUCCGAUGGCACAAUGCAGCUAUACAAUGUCUUCGCCUUCGCCAUUGUUCGUGACCAAUUGGUCGCUAAUACAGUGCUAGUAAUUCUAGCUACUCUUAUGGUGAUUUUACGUGGUGUUUCACGGAAGAUCCGGCAAAGUGCAAUUGGGUGGGACGAUGCGUGCUGUCUCGUCGGGUUGCUGCACACAUACGGCAUGUUGGCGAUGCAAUAUCACUAUGCGCGGGUAGGAAUGCGAAACCAUGUCACGGAAAUCGAUCCAGACAACACGGUAUUGAUUGCCAAGAUGCUAAUCAUCUACCAAAUUGUCUAUUACAACGCCAUGGUCUUUGCGAAAUUCUCAUAUCUUUUCUUCUACUUGCGAAUCUUCGUGAGCCAGGAAUUUCGCAUUCUCACAUGGGUCUGUAUGGGCUGCGCAGGGGCAUACUGGACCGGCAGUGUUCUUCAAGUUUUCCUCAUAUGCACACCUUUCAAAAAGAACUGGAAUCCAUUACUUCCGGGUCAUUGUGCAAGCCAAAACGUGGCCUUCUCGACAAUUGGCGCAUUCAACCUUGUCACGGAUGUCAUGAUCAUGGCUCUGCCCAUGCGGUUCAUCUGGAAAUUGCAGAUGUCCACCGGAACAAAAGUGGCUUUAUAUGGUAUCUUCGGUCUGGGAAUUUUCAUCUCCUCCAUCACAAUCAUCCGCAUCCGUGUUCUUACAACUGUUGAUUUCAACGACCUUCCCUACUCCAUGAUUUGGGCCGCUUUCUGGAGUGUCACCGAGCCUGCCCUGGCCAUUGCAAAUGCUUGCGCACCUAUGCUUCGACCUAUCCUCAAAGCCGCCUUUCCUGCUCUCUUUGCUAGCGCGAAGGCUGGCUAUACCACUCAACCGGCAAGUGGGCCGAUUCUGAGUAAGAACGGCUCAUCGAAGAAAACCUUUGGCAUGGACGAGAUGGACAGUGAAUUUCCCCUCACGAGAUUGGACCAGGAGCCUGGGUUCGCUGAUACAAGGUCAAUGAAUGACCGUUCAGACAACGGAGCACCUAGCAUGGGCCCCUCAAGGGCCAUGGGGUCCUCUGGGCACAGUUUUUGA